UGAAAAUUUCUGGGAAUUUUUUGUUUAAAAUAUUUGGGGGAAAGGAGAGAGGUUUGGCUUUCGCUAAAAAAUGUCCAACUAAUUUUAAGCGGGAGUAAGAGAGAUUUACUACGGUCUUCAGUUCUUUGCGAUAGCCCCGAGAGGAGGAAUGUUUACAUGAGUAUUUGGAAUAAUAUUUAAGAAAUAAUCCAGAAAGUUUAAACCAACAAGAAUUAUUUUAACCUAUUUAGGCGAAUUAUCUAGUCCAUUCGAUGAUCCAGUUAGUAGAACUCGUUGUCUAAUACAAUUUAUUCGACUACGUAAUCAACGUGCUGAAGCCGAGCUAGCUCAACAAAAUGCAUUGAAAAAGCAGAAAAUGGAUGCACAAGCGACGCUUCAAAAUGCACGAAAUGAAUUGGCACAAGCAAAAAGUGAACAACUUCAUUGGGAGCGUAAAUUUAACAAUUUAAAUCAUGAGCGACAUGACGUACUAAAUAAGUUAAAAGCACUCCAUCAAAAAGAGAUUGAACGUAAAAGGCAUAAAGAGGAGAUUUUGGCGGCAGCUGCUGAAGAACAACAAAGAUUGGCAGCCGCCGCGGCAGCAGCAGCUGCGGCUCAACAACAACAACAACAAACUGAUGCUUAUUUUCAACUUAAACAACUUCAACAAUAUUUAAAUUCAUUGAUUGCUUCUGCUGGUCCUACAGGAACUCCGCAUGGUCAAACUUCGAGUUCGCCCUCGACUUCUUUAUCUGGUUCUCAACAACAGCGCCAACCUUCAUUAGAACAGUUACUCCUAUCAGCUGUUUCGACUUCAACAGCAUCGGGUGGAGUUGGUAUUGCUGAUGAACAACAAAGAUUGGCAACUUCUUUAUUGGCGUCAGCAGUUCAGCAACAACAACAACAACUAUCUCGUGUUACUCAGCAACAGCAGCAAUUUACUCCUUCCAUUCCUUAUGGUCAACCUACACAACAACAAACUAUCGCUAUUCAACAACAACAAGAAUUACAAAAUGCUGUUGCAAAAUUAUUGGGUCAAAAUUUUCCAGGUUCUUCUACUCCAACAAGUCAAACAAUUCUACAACAAUCAACACCUAAUCUACAAAAUUUUCAACAAAAUUUGCAACCUAGUCCAUCUCCGAAUUAUGCAGCACUUUUACAACAACAACAGCAAUUCGAGCAAUUACAAUCUCAACGCAUUCCCAAUGCUGCAUUAUCUGUUAAUAUUCAAACUGCGCUUGCUGCAGCUGCUUCUGUUGGAAAUAAUGAACUCCUCCAUUCUCCUUCAAAUCCACAAUCAGCAAAUCAAUUAACAGCAGCUCAACAACAACAACUUCAAAGUUUACCACCAGAGUUGCUCUAUCAGGCUGCUUUGAUGGCUGCAGCACAAUUAGGAGGCAAUCCAACAGUUACAUUACCAUCAAAUCAGAUGACAACAAAUAUGCUAUCACAUCAAAUACAACAUUCCCAACAACAACAACAUCAUCAACCGAGAACUAAAUAAUUUAAACUAAAUAAUUUUUAGAACUACAUACACUACUUGAUCUAUUCUGGGAGUUAGAUGGAGAAAGAUUUUUUACCUAAUGGAUAUUUACAAAUAUUUUUUUUUUAAUUUUUGGGGUUUUCCUAAAUAUGUAAAUCAUCGGAAAACGUGUUUUCAGGAAAAAUUUGUUGUUAUAUCAAUAAGUAAUUUUAUUUUUAAUUUUGCUUUGGGUUACGAAACAUUUUUUGGGGUUUGAAAUUAAGGAACUCAACAUACUUAAUAUCCGUUAUCAUAUAUGAUUCUUGGAUUGUUAUAGCCCAUUUUCAAAAAUUCAAUAAUAUUAACUAAUGGUCCCAGAACUUAAGGCCAAAAGAAAAACACGUUUUUUUUCAGCGGGUUUUUGAAAUUGACAAAUUUUAGCAUUAUUUUUUAUUGUUUCAUUUGAAGUGUUACAAGCAUGUUU